AUAGCGGCAGCAGCCUGCCAGCCUGCCCGAGGAGCGUGAGGACCGGCGCGCGGCACAGCGACCGCACGAUGGCCUCGUCUCAAGGGAAGAACGAGCUGAAAUUCGCCGACUGGAUGGCCACUCUGCCCGAGAGCAUCCACAGCAUCCCCCUCACCAAUUUAGCCAUCCCAGGAUCUCAUGAUUCCUUCAGCUUCUACAUUGACGAAGCCUCUCCAGUGGGGCCUGAACAGCCAGAAACUGUCCAGAAUUUUGUCUCUGUGUUUGGAACUGUGGCCAAAAAGCUGAUGCGGAAAUGGCUAGCCACUCAAACCAUGAACUUUACUGGUCAGCUAGGAGCUGGGAUCCGUUAUUUUGAUCUUCGAAUUUCCACCAAGCCUAGAGACCCCGACAAUGAACUUUACUUUGCUCAUGGUUUGUUCAGUGCCAAAGUCAAUGAAGGCCUUGAGGAGAUCAAUGCAUUCCUCACAGAUCACCAUAAGGAGGUAGUAUUCUUGGACUUCAACCACUUUUAUGGGAUGCAGAAGUAUCACCAUGAAAAACUCGUCCAAAUGCUGAAAGACAUCUAUGGAAAUAAAAUGUGCCCAGCAAUUUUUGCCCAGGAAGUGAGUCUAAAGUACCUGUGGGAGAAGGACUACCAAGUGCUGGUCUUCUACCACAGUCCAGUGGCUCUGGAAGUACCCUUUCUCUGGCCUGGGCAGAUGAUGCCAGCACCCUGGGCCAAUACCACAGACCCGGAAAAACUGAUCCAGUUUCUUCAGGCAUCCAUCACUGAGAGAAGGAAGAAGGGAUCAUUUUUUAUAUCUCAGGUGGUGCUGACCCCCAAAGCUAGCACCGUGGUCAAAGGGGUGGCCAGUGGUCUCAGAGAAACGAUCACGGAAAGAGCUCUUCCUGCCAUGAUGCAGUGGGUCCGCACGCAGAAGCCAGGAGAGAGUGGCAUCAAUAUUGUCACUGCCGAUUUCGUAGAACUUGGUGAUUUCAUCAGCACUGUCAUAAAGCUCAACUAUGUCUUUGAUGAAGGGGAAGCCAACACUUGA